AACACAAAAACCCUAAUAUAGUCUUCACCAUUGCUGAAAAAAAUCACAGAGUAUCAGUUGCCUCACACACGAAGGUGAUUCUUCGUCUUUUUGCUGCAAUUCUCUGUUUCGUCUAAGGAAAUUCUGCAAGGAUGGGUCGUGUGCGCACCAAGACCGUGAAGAAGUCAUCUCGACAGGUAAUUGAGAGGUACUACUCCAAAAUGACUUUGGAUUUCCACACAAACAAGAAGAUCCUGGAGGAAGUUGCCAUAAUUCCUUCCAAGCGUCUCCGCAACAAGAUUGCUGGAUUCUCCACUCACCUCAUGAAACGUAUCCAAAAGGGACCCGUUCGUGGCAUCUCCCUGAAACUGCAAGAGGAGGAACGUGAGAGACGCAUGGACUUUGUUCCGGAUGAGUCUGCCAUCAAGACUGAUCUCAUUGAAGUUGACAAGGAGACCCUUGACAUGCUUUCAGCCCUCGGCAUGUCUGACCUUCCAGGCGUUGUCAAGCAAGCCGCUGAGCCACAAGCAGUGGCAGCUCUCCCAACAUAUGGUCGCGGUGCAGGAGGUUUUGGACGGAAAUACUAAUAAGAGAACAGUUGCAAUGAUCUUAUGGUCUAUUGAAGAAACUUUUUGGUAGAUUAUAUGUUAGUUUUCCCUAAUUUUUCUUUUAAGGAGUCUUUGAAACUCAUUCCAGUGUUUUGAGACAUAAAUGAUGAACAACCCCCUUUUUGUGUUAAAAUGCAUUUCAUACAUUAUUCUUCAA